AAAUAAUCUAUUUCGAAGUUAGUGCAUACAAAAUCCAAAACGUCGAUCUCAACGACAGCAUCUUUGUUGAAUGGAAAAUACAGUAAAGACGUUCGCAUCAAGAACCACGGUCCCCACAGCUGAGAAGCGGCAGAGUUAUUAUUCCAAUUGUGACCAUAGGUCAGUUCGGUCCCAUUCCAAGCCUUCCACCUCAGCUUUGCAGGAAAAUAUUCCCGCAAUGAAAUAUUCUGAAUUCGAAAAAAGGCCAGCGCAAUCGGAGCUUUUGGGCAGAAGCCAUGCGACGACCCUCGCGGUUGCCACCAUCGUGGUGGCGUUUUUGUCAUCCGUAGAUGCUUUCCAGAUUUACAGCGCCCGUCGUGUGAACCAAAGUGUCAUUGGUAACGUGGUCCACCACCGAAUUACCAGCAGGCUCCACAGCAGUGCCCCACCCGGAACUGAGCCGGACCAAAAGACCGACUUUCCCAUAACCAAGUCCGACGAGGAAUGGAAGGAGAUAUUGACCCCGGACCAGUACUAUAUCCUCCGCAAGGAGGGUACGGAAACCCCCGGGGCGUCGGUGCUCAACAAAAUCUCGGUCGAGAAAAACGGCCAGGUCGAUGCCGGAACUUUUGUGUGCGCGGGGUGCGAGAACCCGCUGUUUGUGGCGUCCAGCAAGUACGACAGCGGGACCGGCUGGCCCAGUUUUUUCGCGCCCGUGACGUCCUCGGCGAUCGCCCUCAACACGGACUACAAGAUGAUUGUCCCGCGCACCGAGUGCGUCUGUUCCCAGUGCGGUGGUCACCUGGGGCAUGUCUUCGAAGGUAAGAGGGAAAAGCAAAUUCGUGAUCGGAAGAACACUCGGUUGGGGAAAACCAGGGCUACGUUUUGCACCGGAGAAUUCCAGAGCGUUGCCAUUGGCGACAUUUCAUGUCUUUGCUUGUUUGUGUGCUUGUUGAAUGCCAUCCGAUCUUACCAAUUGCACUGAUGCUUCCCUCGCAACGCGCCACACCCUCCGCCGUGCGAUACAAACGCUUUUGUUUGGAUUCAAAAAUAGAUGGUCCAGACCCCACCGGGCAACGAUAUUGCAUGAACGGAGCAGCUAUGCAAUUUUAUCGAGAUUCCGAACGCCCGGAGCUGGCGGAACAGGUCACUGAAAUGUCGGCGAAGGAUCCCUUCCGGCUGUCCCCGGCCCAGGCCCUCCCGAGCGCUCUGAUCAACAUCAUCAUCGGUGGAAUUUUCUUCAAUGCCUUUUUGUCGAGCGGGCAAUCCACCCCAAUCGACUUUCUGACCUUGCUACCGGCCACGUACUAUGGAUUCUUAGCCGCCAAGUCGAUUGCCAAAAUUAUGGGCUGAAAAAAUAAAACAUUUAUGAUAGCAUUAGUUUUGAAAUAGACAAUAAUUGUAUCG